UUUCAAAAUACCUCCAAAACACACACAUAUAUACACACUUGAGACUGCUGUGAGUGAAAAAAAAGAGCUUGAAAUUAAAUUAAGCAGAUGGAGUGGUGGCGGUGGUUGCAUUGGGGGCUUGUGGUGGUCGUAAUGAUACAAGAAUGCGGCCGCGUUGAAGGAGGAGACGUCACAUACGAUGGAAGAUCUCUCAUCAUUGAUGGGCAGAGAAAAAUUUUGUUUUCCGGUUCAAUUCACUAUCCUCGUAGCACUCCUGAGAUGUGGCCAUCAUUGAUAGGCAAAGCCAAGGAAGGCGGAUUGGACGUAAUUCAAACCUAUGUGUUUUGGAACCUUCACGAGCCCCAACCUGGUCAGUAUGAGUUCAGUGGAAGUAAUGACCUGGUGCGAUUCAUUAAAGAAAUCAAGGCUCAAGGGCUCUAUGCUUGCCUCCGGAUUGGACCUUUCAUUGAGAGUGAAUGGACUUAUGGGGGAUUUCCAUUUUGGUUGCAUGAUAUCCCUGGCAUUGUUUUUCGAUCAGACAAUGAGCCGUUCAAGUUUUACAUGCAAAAUUUUACUACAAAAAUCGUGAAAUUGAUCAAGUCAGAGGGUUUAUAUGCUUCACAAGGAGGUCCAAUCAUACUGUCUCAGAUUGAGAAUGAAUAUCAAAACAUUGAAGCAGCAUUUCAUGAAAAAGGACCCUCCUAUGUUCGUUGGGCAGCUAAAAUGGCGGUGGAGCUCCAAACUGGUGUACCUUGGGUGAUGUGCAAGCAAAGUGAUGCUCCGGAUCCAGUCAUUAAUACGUGCAACGGGAUGAGAUGUGGAGAAACUUUUGGUGGACCCAACUCACCAAAUAAGCCUUCAUUAUGGACAGAGAACUGGACUUCUUUCUCCAGGCACCGUCAACUGUCCAGACUGGACUCUCCUCUCCAAGACUCCAACGCUGUAUAUGGUGGGGAGCCAUAUAUAAGGUCUGCUGAAGACAUUGCAUUUCACGUCGCACUUUUUAUUGCAAGAAACGGGAGCUAUGUAAAUUAUUACAUGUACCAUGGUGGAACAAAUUUUGGGAGAACAAGCUCUUCAUAUGUCAUAACAAGCUAUUAUGAUCAAGCUCCUCUUGAUGAAUAUGGACUAAUAAGGCAACCUAAGUGGGGACAUCUUAAGGAGUUGCAUGCUGCAAUUAAAUUCUGCUCAGCAACUCUACUGCAAGGAGUGCGAACAAACUUCUCUUUGGGUCAACAUCAAGAGGCCUAUAUGUUCCAAGAAGAGACCGGAGGGUGUGUGGCCAUUCUUAUAAAUAAUGAUGGACAAGAAGUUACUGUACAAUUUCAAAAUACAUCAGUUGAAUUGCUUCCAAAGUCGAUCAGUAUUCUAGCAGACUGUGAAAAUGUAAUUUUCAACACGGCAAAGGUGAAUACUGAGCAUAAUAGCAGAAUCGUAGAAGCUACCCAAAUGUUCGAUUCAACUGAUAGCUGGGAAGAAUUCAAAGACGAUAUCCCGAAUAUCGAAGAUACUUCACUGAAAUCCAAAACAUUCCUUGAGCAAAUGAAUACAACCAAAGAUAAAUCCGAUUAUCUUUGGCAUAGUCUCAGGUUUGAACACAAUUUGUCUUGCUCUAAGCCAGUACUUCAUAUUGAAUCUGCUGGGCAUGUUGCACAUGCUUUUUUGAACAAUAUCUAUACAGGAGCUGCACAUGGAAGUCAUAACGCCAAGGGCUUCACAAUGGAUAUUCCAAUCAUGUUGAAUGACGGGAUGAACAAUAUUUCUAUACUCAGUGCUUUGGUUGGGCUACCGGAUUCAGGACCUUUUCUCGAAAGCAAAUUCGCUGGCUUAACCAAAGUGGAAAUUCAAUGCAUUGAAAAGGAAUCAUACAAUUUUACAAACUAUGAAUGGGGAUAUCAGGUUGGACUACUUGGAGAGAAGUUACAAAUAUAUAGAGAAGAAAAUUUGGGUGCUGUUGUGUGGAGUAAAAAUGGAAUCUCAAUGAAUGGCACGCUUACUUGGUACAAGAAGUGCUGCCUCUCCGAACCAGGCUCGACAACUCAACAUAGUGAGACAAGAAGAAUAUAUCGUAAAUGGAUUAGUUAUAUAUUGGGUCAAAAUGAAUCGUCCUCAAUACCAUUUAUAAAUGUUCCCCAUGGUAUCUUUCAAUUCAGAAGAAAUAUAUUUUUCGAUUCACCUACGGGAGAUGACCCCGUCACCUUAAACCUUAGCACAAUGGGUAAAGGUGAAGCUUGGGUUAAUGGACGAAGCAUCGGUCGUUAUUGGGUCUCCUUCUUCGACUCUAAAGGCAAUCCAUCACAAACAAUGUAUCAUGUGCCCCGAUCGUUCCUUAACGCUUCUGGAAAUCUUUUAGUUUUGCUUGAAGAAGCUGGUGGAAACCCUCUUCAGAUUUCCUUGAACACCGUACGGGAGCAAGUAGCUUACUAUCACCUCCCCCGAUGAUUGCAUAGAGAAGAGAUAUACAAAAGUGGUAUAUAUUAUGAGAUUGAGGUAUACAACAACUUACUACAAAAAUCAUGAGAUUCUCGUCGGCUCUGGAUUAGUGUAUCGACAUUGCAAUGUAAUAAUAACAUGAAAUUUCGUAUUAAGUAAUAAAUCUUUGUCCUAUAUAUUAUUUUUAGAGAAA